AUGAAGGUCGCAGCAUCGGCGCUCCUCGUUGGAGCUGCCGUGGCCUUCGUCCCGCAACAGCAACAGCCAUUGCAAGCUCCCGAAGCCGUCCAGAAUGUCCUCAAGACGGCAGGUGAUAAGGCCUCCGGCUUGUCCAAAUCGUGGAAGAACCUCCAGCAUGAGCUCAAACAUCUUACGGAAGAGGCCCGUCAGACCUGGGAUGAAGUCGCGAUGAUGUUCCCCGAGGCCAUGAGCCAGACAUCCUUCUUCAGCAGCCCGAAGAAGCACUCUCGCAAGCAUGACAGGGAGUGGGACUUUGUCACCUCUGGCAAGUCUAUUCAGGAGCUGUACACUACCAAUUCCAAGGGAGAGAAACAACGCGAGAUUGAUGGCCACCUCGAGAACUUCAAUCUCCGCACGAAGAAGGUGGACCCUCAGAGCUUGGGCGUAGACAAGGUCAAGCAGUAUUCUGGAUACUUGGACAACGAGGAGGACGACAAGCAUCUCUUCUACUGGUUCUUUGAAUCACGAAACGAUCCCAAGAACGACCCUGUGCUCCUCUGGUUGAACGGUGGUCCAGGUUGCUCUUCGCUUACUGGCCUGUUCAUGGAGCUCGGCCCAUCUUCAAUCGAGAAGGAUGGUAGUGUGAAGUACAACCCGAGUAGCUGGAAUGCGAAUGCUUCGGUAAUUUUCCUCGAUCAGCCUGUCAACGUGGGAUACUCCUACUCUGGAAGCAGUGUGUCAAGCACCGUCGCAGCUGGGAAGGAUGUCUACGCUCUCUUGACUCUCUUCUUCAAGCAGUUCCCAGAGUACUCUCACCAGGAUUUCCACAUUUCUGGAGAGUCGUACGCCGGUCACUACAUCCCCGUGUUCGCCUCUGAGAUCCUUUCUCACAAGAAGCGCAACAUCAAUUUGCAGUCCGUCCUCAUCGGCAACGGUCUGACCGAUGGUCUCACCCAGUAUGAAUACUACCGCCCAAUGGCUUGCGGUCAGGGUGGCUGGCCAGCUGUUCUUUCUGAAUCAGAGUGCACCAGCAUGGACAAUGCUCUUCCUCGCUGCCAGAGCUUGAUCGAGUCUUGCUACAAUAGCGAGUCUGUCUGGUCUUGCGUUCCGGCCAGCAUCUACUGCAACAACGCUCUGAUUGGCCCAUACCAGCGUACCGGGAAGAACCCAUACGACGUUCGAGAGCAGUGCAAGAACGGAAACCUCUGCUACGAUGAGCUCGACUGGAUUCAAGAGUACCUCAACAGGGCAGAAGUCAAGAAGGCUCUUGGUGCCGAGAUCGAUAACUACGACUCCUGCAACAUGGACAUCAACCGCAACUUUCUUUUCAACGGCGAUUGGAUGCAGCCAUUCCACCGCCUGGUCCCGGGCAUCCUAAAGGAGAUCCCAGUGCUUAUUUACGCUGGUGAUGCUGACUACAUUUGCAACUGGCUUGGAAACCUGGCCUGGACGAACGAGCUGGAGUGGUCUGGCCAGAAGGCUUACCAGAAGGCUUCUCUGGAAGAUCUCAAGCUCUCAGAUGACGGCUCCAAGAUCGGAUCUGUUAAGUCGGCUCAAAACUUGACUUUCACCCGCAUCCAUGCUGCGGGACAUAUGGUUCCGUACGACCAGCCUGCUGCUUCGCUUGAUGUGCUCAACCGCUGGUUGGCGGGCGAGUGGAUCGAAUAG